GUGUUGAUUAGUCACACACAUCUUGAAGCACUAAUUAAGUUAACAAUCAUUCAACACAUAAUUUUGUCUUACACCUAUGGCUACUGAACCCGAAAAGGUUGUUCCCCCGGUAGAAGCUGCUCCGGAGCCAGAAAAGGGGGCUCCGCCACCAGCAACUCGGGGGCCCACCGACUACUUUGCAGUGGCCGAUGUGGUGUUAAGGUUUUUAGUGUUUGCUUCAGCACUUGUUUCUGUGGUGGUCAUGUCAACUAGUAAGCAAACGGAAAUAAGUCCACCUUCCCCAGUACCUCGUCCUGCUAAGUUCAAUCAUUCACCUGCAUUCAUAUAUUUUGUAGCAGCACUCUCUGUGGCUGGUUUUUUCAGCAUAAUUACUACAAUGGGCUCUUUGUACUCCCUUCUUAAGCCUGGUUGCUCCGCAAAGAUCAUUUCUCAUUUCAUUAUCAUUGAUGUACUUUUGCUAGGAAUAGUCGCAUCAGCAACCGGAGCAGCAGCAUCAGUGGCUUACUUAGGACUAAAAGGCAACAAGCAUGUGCCGUGGGGAAAGGUUUGCGGCAUGUAUGGCAAAUUCUGCAGAUACCUUGGAGCUUCUAUAGGAGUCUCAUUGUUCGCGACCGUUAUGCUUGUGCUUCUUGUUCUCCUCUCUGUAUACUCCCUUUCUAAGAAGAUCCCAAAGUGACAAGACAGCUAUGGAAAGUGAAUUCUUGAUGUACAGCAGAAAAAGGCCCUUGCUAAAAUUAUGUAUGUAAAAGUGUGUAAUUAAGUACAGUUCAAAUUUGGGUUCUGAAUAUGUUUGGCUCGUUUCUUGUGUGGCUGGUGAACGUAGACAUUGCACCAGUUCUUGUAUAUGAAUUCAGUCAUGUACUUGUUUUGAUAUUAAACAGAAAGUUCCCCACUUA